AUGGGGAGUGUUGCUGAAGGGAAGUUAAGGUUUUGUAUUGAUAGAGGCGGUACGUUUACUGAUGUUUAUGCAGAAAUCCCGGGUCAUCGUAAUGGGCAAGUUUUGAAGCUUUUGUCUGUUGAUCCUUUGAACUAUGAUGAUGCACCGGUUGAAGGGAUACGUAGGAUUCUUGAAGAGUUCAGUGGCGAGAAAAUUCCGCGCAGCUCAAAGAUUCCUACAGAGAAGAUUGAGUGGAUAAGGAUGGGGACAACUGUGGCAACGAAUGCGCUUUUAGAACGUAAGGGAGAAAGGAUUGCUGUGUGUGUGACUCGAGGCUUUCGUGAUUUGCUUCAGAUCGGUAAUCAGGCUCGUCCCAGCAUAUUUGACCUUACUGUGUCGAAGCCUUCGAAUCUCUAUGAAGAGGUUGUGGAGGUGGAUGAGAGAGUUGAACUUGUUCAGGAAAGUGAAGAAGAAAACAAGAGUGCUUAUUUACCUGUUGUUAAAGGUGUUUCUGGAGAGCUUAUCAAGAUUGUAAAGCCUCUUGAUGAAGAAGUGUUGAAGCCUGUACUGAAAAGUUUGCUGGAGAAAGGAAUUAGUUGUCUGGCUGUUGUUUUGAUGCACUCGUACACUUUCCCGCAGCAUGAACAACAGGUUGAGAGGUUAGCAUUGGGUCUGGGUUUCAGACAUGUUUCUAUAUCGUCUGCUUUGUCUCCCAUGGUUCGUGCUGUUCCUCGUGGUCUAACAGCUAGUGUAGAUGCUUAUCUGACCCCAGUUAUAAAAGAAUACCUGUCAGGAUUCAUCUCCAAAUUUGACGAGGGACUUGGCAAGUUGAAUGUUUUGUUUAUGCAAUCUGAUGGAGGACUUGCGCCUGAGAGUUCUUUCUCGGGGCACAAAGCAAUUCUGUCUGGCCCUGCUGGGGGAGUUGUUGGUUACUCGCAAACUCUUUUUGGUCUUGAAACAGAAAAGCCAUUGAUUGGUUUUGAUAUGGGAGGUACAUCCACAGAUGUGAGUCGGUAUGCUGGAAGUUAUGAGCAAGUGCUGGAAACACAAAUUGCUGGUGCCAUAAUUCAAGCACCUCAGCUUGACAUAAACACUGUGGCUGCUGGAGGUGGUUCAAAGUUGAAGUUCCAAUUUGGCGCUUUUCAAGCUGGACCAGAAUCAGUUGGAGCACACCCGGGUCCUGUAUGUUAUCGCAAAGGUGGAGAGUUGGCAAUUACAGAUGCCAACCUAGUUCUAGGUUAUGUCAUUCCUGAUUAUUUCCCAUCUAUAUUUGGGCCAAAUGAGGACCAGCCUCUUGAUGUCAAGUCAACAAGGGAAGAAUUUGAGAAGCUUGCUAGGAAUAUAAAUGCUUAUCGAAAGAAUCAGGAUCCGUCUACAAAAGACAUGACGGUGGAAGAGAUUGCACUUGGCUUUGUGGAUGUUGCUAAUGAGACAAUGUGCCGUCCAAUAAGGCAGUUGACUGAAAUGAAGGGUCAUGAGACAAAGAAUCACGCACUUGCUUGCUUUGGAGGGGCUGGACCCCAGCAUGCUUGUGCUAUAGCUAGGUCUCUUGGCAUGAAAGAAGUGCUUAUUCAUAAAUUUUGUGGGAUCUUAAGCGCAUAUGGAAUGGGAUUGGCAAAUGUCGUAGAAGAGGCGCAGGAGCCUUAUGCUGCAGUUUAUGGAACUGAAUCUACUGCUGAGGCUUCACAACGAGAAGCUGUGCUACUGAGACAAAUUAAGCAGAAGUUGCAAAGUCAAGGAUUUAAAGAGGAGAGUAUUUCGACCGAGACAUAUUUAAACUUGAGAUAUGAAGGCACAGACACUGCCAUCAUGGUCAAAAGGCAGAUAGCUGAAGAUGGAAUACCAAUUGACUAUGCUACUGAAUUUGUGAGACUGUUUCAGCAGGAAUACGGCUUUAAACUCGAAAACAGAAAUAUUGUGAUCUGUGAUGUCAGAGUUCGUGGUAUAGGAGUUACCAAUAUAUUGAGGCCACAGGCGAUAGAGCCUGCCUCUGGUAGUCCUAUAGUUGAAGGCUACUAUAAGGUUUACUUUGGAAAUGGUUGGCAGGAAACACCUCUCUAUAAGCUUGAAAAGUUGGGGUAUGGCCAUAAGAUGUCUGGCCCAGCAAUCGUUAUGAAUGGUAAUAGCACUGUGAUUGUAGAACCAAACUGUAGAGCCAUUAUAACCAAAUAUGGGAACAUCAAAAUUGAAAUUGAUUCACCUUUGAGCAGCAUUAAAAUAUCAGAUAAAGUUGCAGAUGUUGUACAGCUCUCUAUUUUUAAUCACAGAUUUAUGGGUAUAGCAGAGCAAAUGGGAAGGACUUUGCAAAGAACCUCAAUUUCAACAAAUAUCAAAGAACGCCUUGAUUUUUCUUGUGCUCUAUUUGAUCCGAAUGGGGGCCUAGUUGCAAAUGCACCUCAUGUUCCUGUCCAUCUAGGAGCAAUGUCUAGUACAGUUCGGUGGCAACUCAAUUACUGGAGUGACAAUUUGAAUGAAGGGGAUGUUUUGGUUACUAAUCAUCCUUCAGCUGGAGGUAGCCAUCUUCCUGAUAUAACUGUUGUCACACCUGUUUUUUUCAAUGGGAGGUUAGUAUUUUUUGUUGCAAAUAGAGGGCAUCAUGCAGAGAUUGGGGGUAUUACUCCUGGAAGCAUGCCUCCAUUUUCAAAGUCCAUAUUGGAGGAAGGAGCUGCCAUUAAGGCAUUUAAGCUUGUUGAAAAAGGCGUCUUUCAAGAACAGGGAAUUAUUAAACUUUUACAGUUCCCAGGCUCCGAUAACACUGGAACUAAGAUCCGAGGAACUCGCAGGAUUCAAGAUAACCUAUCUGAUUUGCAUGCACAAGUGGCAGCAAAUCAAAGAGGAAUUUAUCUAGUCCUUGAGCUUAUUGAACAGUAUGGACUCGAAACUGUUCAAGCUUAUAUGAAUUAUGUACAGAUGAAUGCAGAAGGAGCAGUAAGAGAGAUGCUGAAGUCAGUUGGUCGUAGAAUUUCAUCAGAGUCAAAUGAAAACUCUGUGACAAUUGAAGAAGAGGAUUACAUGGAUGAUGGAUCUGUUAUUCAUUUGAAACUGAGUAUUGACUCUAACAAAGGAGAAGCAGUUUUUGAUUUUGGUGGGACAAGUGCUGAAGUUUAUGGUAAUUGGAACGCACCAGAAGCUGUCACAGCUGCAGCAGUCAUAUAUUGCAUUCGCUGUUUAGUGGAUGUUGAUAUCCCUCUCAAUCAAGGUUGUCUGGCUCCAGUGAAGAUUCUUAUUCCAGAAGGCUCAUUUCUCUCUCCUAGUGAUAGUGCAGCUGUGGUAGGAGGUAAUGUCCUUACAUCUCAGAGAAUCACUGAUGUUGUAUUUACUGCAUUUCAGGCCUGUGCUUGCUCACAGGGUUGUAUGAAUAAUCUCACAUUUGGAGAUGAUACUUUUGGGUACUAUGAAACCAUUGGAGGUGGGAGUGGGGCUGGACCUUCAUGGGAAGGAACCAGUGGAGUACAGUGCCAUAUGACAAAUACAAGAAUGACUGAUCCAGAGAUAUUUGAGCAAAGAUAUCCAGUGAUUCUGCACAAGUUUGGACUUAGAGCAAACAGUGGGGGAGAUGGACUUAACAGAGGUGGUGAUGGGCUUCUCCGGGAAAUAGAGUUUAGGCGCCCAGUUACAGUUAGUAUUCUUUCUGAGAGACGUGUCCAUGCACCAAGAGGGCUGAGGGGAGGAAAAGACGGUGCACGUGGUGCUAACUACAUUCUGAAAAAAGAUAACCGAAAGGUAUAUCUUGGUGGUAAAAAUUCUGUUGAGGUGCUUCCUGGAGAAAUUCUUCAGAUUUUGACUCCUGGGGGUGGUGGAUGGGGUUCUCUAGUGUAA